AUGUUUGAUUUGCGAAAGGAUUACCUAUUGUGGCAAAGACAAUAUCGUACUGAAAACAUCUCUGGAAGCAAAAAUAACUUUCUUUGCAGUUAUCCAUUCAUCUUUGACGCUUCCGCAAAAAGUCUGAUCCUGGCUAUUGACUCUGAAAUACAGCAAGAUCAAGCGGCACAAAACUCAGUGUACCAGCAAAUCCUUUAUUCUACACCAAUUGACGGUACAAUUUAUGUAAAUCCAUACCUUACUAUUUCGGUUCAUCGCAACACUAUUCUACAAGAGACGAUUAAUCAGCUUUGUUACCUCACAAAACACAAUGAAUCGGAUUUUAAAAAGCCGUUGAAAGUGAGUUUUGAAGGAGAAGAUGCCGUUGAUGCUGGCCAAGGCAUGAAAAAAGAGUUCUUUUUAUUAUUGAUGAAAGAAAUUCUUGAUGAAAAGUACGGAAUGUUUGUAGAGUACAAUGAGACAGCUUGCAUUUGGUUUCACCACGCUAGUUUCGAAGAAGAAACCAUGUUUCACUUGAUUGGAGUUCUAGCUGGACUGGCCAUCUACAACAAAGUCAUUAUAAACUUGCCUUUUCCAGUAGUGCUUUACAAGAAGAUUCUCGGUGAACCGUUAGACGGACUAGAUGAUCUUGCCUACUUAGAUCCGAUGCUUUCAAAGAAUCUGAAAGAAAUUUUAAACACAUCUUAUGGUCCCGAAGAAUUUGAUGCUAUUUUUGGUGAAAUGAAUUUUACCAUAACCAUGCAAACAUUUGGCUCUCCCGUAGAGUAUGAACUUUGUCCUAGUGGAAAAGAAGUUCGGCUGACAUAUGAAAACCGUGCCGAAUAUGUCGAACUUUAUUGGAAGUACAUUUUGGACACUUCAAUCAAAAAGCAGUUUUUUGCAUUUCGCAACGGCUUUAUGAAAGUUCUAGAUUCUACGAUUUUGACCAUACUGAAUGCAGAAGAACUGAAGGCUAUGAAAUUUUUAAUGCUUGAAGAAAUUGAAACUCAUGAAAAUAAAUCUGAUUUUGCAAAGUACAGUAAAUCAACUUGUGAAACAAAGGAUGAUUUGGCAAUUUUGGUUAAAGAUUUAACCGUCAAAUGGGACUCGAUCACAUUAGCAUUAGCGCUAAAAAAGGCGAGCUAG